AUGCGAUCACUGGCCACACCACACAAAAACAUGUCGUUCCGCAUGACUGUGCAGUUUGGAAGCGACACAUUCAAUAAGGGAGUCCUAAUGAACGCCGGCGUCCGGGAAGCGCUCAAAGAGAAUGACUUUCACUGCUUUGUCUUUCACGACGUCGACCUCAUCCCAGAAGAUGAUCGCAACCUAUACUCGUGUCCGUUAGCGCCCAGACAUAUGUCAGUGGCCGUCGAUAAGUUCAAUUACUCGCUGCCCUACACAGACUUGGUUGGAGGGGUUCUCAGUAUAUCCAAAAGCAAUUUUAUACUCGUUAAUGGAUAUUCCAAUUUGUAUUGGGGAUGGGGAGGAGAGGACGAUGACAUGGCUUAUAGGUCUAAAUACAAUACACUUAUGUGCACUCAGUUCAUCAUGUUUUACACGUUUGGGUUGUCCACACAAUUGCAGUGA